AUGCCUGAAUUCGAUUCCUUUUCGUCAUCUACCUCUUCCUCAUCUUCAUUAUCUUCACCGAGAGAUUGGCGUACUCAAUCAUCAGAUUCAAAUACCGUUAAUAGUUCCAAUAGUGUAACAAGUAUUGCUCGAUAUAAAACAGAACUUUGCCGUCCCUUUAAUGAAACUGGAAAAUGUAAAUAUGGUGAAAAAUGUCAAUUUGCUCAUGGAUUUCAAGAAAUGCGGCAAUUAACACGUCAUCCAAAAUAUAAAACAGAAUAUUGUCGAACAUUUCAUACAACUGGGUAUUAUGGACCACGUUGUCAUUUUAUUCAUGAUAUUAGUGAAGCGCGAACACACGAUGAUGAAAUGGAACAAAAAAUAACAACAAAUCUUCGACAUUCAGAAAAAACAGCACAAACACGUCUAAGUCGAAGGAUAAGAAUUAAAUCAUCAAAAACAUAUUCAAACGUUCCAGUUGAUGAUACUGUUCUACCUCGUUUACUAUCUGUUUCUCCUAACGCUAUGAAAGAUGAUCAAUCAUCACCAUUUCCAUUUUCGAUUGACAACAACAAACGUGUUACUACAUCGAUUUUAUCAUCUAAACCAUUUGAAAUUUAUCCAAAUCGUGAUAACAGAAAGAUGUUUGAAUCAUGGUCUAAUCAACAGAAUGAGAAUGCUUUUAAAUAUUUCAAUUGUCGUCGAACUACUGAUGUGUUCAAUGCACAACGUGUCUACAAUUUACCAAUUUAUCGAACACAAUAUGUAUAA